GCAAAGUCUACUAAACAAUACAAUUGAUCCAAACUAGCACCAUGUCGUUCGCCAGAAUCCCAGUGAGAUCCGCAUUGACUGUUUCCAGGAACUCCGGCAUUGCUAAAAUGUCCAUCGGUGGCCUCAGAACCAAGGUCAGCCUGCCAGAAUUGAAAUGGGACUUUGGAGCAUUGGAGCCAUACAUUUCUGGCCAGAUCAAUGAGUUGCACUACAGUAAGCACCACCAGACCUACGUCAAUGGUUACAACACUGCCAUUGAGCAGCAUGCCGAGGCCAAGGCUGCGGGUGAUGUCAAGAAAACCUACGAGUUGCAACAGCACAUCAAGUUCCAUGGUGGAGGAUACCUGAACCACUGUCUUUUCUGGGACAACCUUGCUCCAGCUAAGCAGGGUGGAGGUGAAUUGCCAUCACCUGACUCUGAAUUCUACAAGAAGGUCAUCGAGCAAUACGGCUCUUUUGACAAAUUGAUUGCUCUGACCAACACCAAGUUGGCCGGAAUCCAGGGUUCCGGAUGGGCAUUCAUCGUCAAGAACAGCGAGAAUGGUGCCGUGGAGGUUAUCCAGACCUACAACCAGGAUACUGCAGCUGGUCCAUACAAGCCAUUGGUUGCCAUCGACGCCUGGGAGCAUGCUUACUACCUGCAAUACAAGAACGUCAAGGCAGACUACUUCAAAGCUAUCUGGAACGUUAUUAACUGGGAUGAGGCUUCCAAGAGAUACUCAGCUGCCUGAAUUUCUUUAUGGUGAAUAUAAUAUAUUCCGAUUUUCUUUAUCAAAGAACUGCACCAAAACCAAAGGUGACUUUUAUCGAGGUGAUGUAAUAAUUCUCAAAGUUGUUGCGCACCAACUCCUCAUCCCCAAUAGGCACACCUUUGAAGCUGACAGCCAUCUCUGUCUCGCCAGCUCCCUCGUUGAAGGUCAAUUCCAAUUCUGUGUAGUGGCCUUCCUUCCAGUCCCGUAGUCUCCAAAGCAUCUUGAUAUUCUUAUUUUCUUGCAAUUCUAGAAUUUUGCCUUGGAUGUUGCCGCCAAAGAGCUGAAACUCAGUGCCCUCCUUUGGCUCGAUUUGUGGAGCAGAGCGAGUCCAGGCUGCAACUCUCUCUGGAAGCAAAAGAGUGAGGUAUAGUUGCUCUGCCGAGGUGUUGAAAGUGGUGGAGAAAUUAAGGUCGGACGUGUUGUAUUUUGGCACACGAGACGAGUCGGCAGGUGAAACUGCGGUGGUUGUCUUUGCGUUUUGCACGGAGUUUCCUUUGUUAAAGGUUGUGCUUUCCUUCACCACUGUUUUGGUCAAUGUCUUUUCUUGGUUAGCAGCA